CCCGACGGCUGCCUCCCGCACUUGACACACAUCUAAGACGGCAGGCCCUCCGUUGCUGACAGCGACCCUACUCGCUGUAGAUUUUACAUAACAAGCGCUGAGCGCGCAUCAACGUUCUGUCGAUUGACACGGACGUUGUGCACUCUUGCUAUAAUGUUUCCUUUCCAGGUUCAAGACGAUCAAGCCGUUAGGCCUUUGAGUGAAGACGAUCAGCAGAUCCUUCUGGGUCUGGCCCGUCGCUAUGGUGUCUCGAGUCUCGUCUGCGCUCUGAGCGGUCUGGGCACUUCAUCCCGGGCCUCGACCUUCUCAGCGACCACGCUUCUUAGCAACACAAGUGCUCCCUCAUUGACAUGGAGCAGCUCUGAGGCUUCUCACGCUCGAUCCGAUGCCGCUUCGAUACGCACCCAGUCUACAUGGCAAGACACUUCUACCGACGUGCCUUCGAUUCAUGAGGGUGAAGUCGGCAAAAUUCCUGACCGGACGUGGCUCGACUCGCCCAGCCUCAUGCAGUCGCCUAUUCCCUCAUGCGAUGUCACCUCUCACCCCUCGCCUCGACAUGUCGCACCGACUUCCAAGAAAUACCAGUGCCCCAUGUGCUUUUUGGACAACAACCCCGUGGGCUUUGGUCGCAAGAGUGAUUUUAAGAAGCAUCUCUACAACUUCCACGGCUCUGAUGUGACAUGGCUGUGCAAGACGAAGGGCUGCCACCUCUCUUUUGCUACUGAACGUGCCUACAGCACCCACGCCAAGGAGACGCACCGCAUGGACGCUCUCCCCAACAGCUCUGCCAAGACAGAGUUGUGCCCUCAGGUUGUCUUUGCGUGCGGUUUCGCCAACUGCAAGGACCGUGUCUUCGAGGCCCAGACCAACGACCAGGCGUCGGGCAGCCGAGACAAGUACUUUGAGCACAUUGCGAAGCACUUCGAGGACGGUUUCGACGUCAACAACUGGGAGUACAAGGCUCAGUUGCACAACCUCAUGCGUCAGUCCAAGGUCAAGUCUAUCUGGAAGACAUGCAUCUGGCCUAAGGAGAAGAGGCAGCAACUCACAUGGCGCCCACGAUCCUCUGGUGAUCUCAAGCGAAUGCUCGAGGCGCGCCACCUUGGCCAGGAUAUCUCGACUCUUGUUCGCCUCGCCUUCAUCCUCGGUACAUCGCCAUUUACGAACCCCAACACGCCACCUCCUAGCGAGAUCGAUCUUCAGUUCUCUCUUCCCGUCCGAUCCGAGUGCUUGAUGGACACCGUUGGCCAUGCUGAUGGAGCGCAACCCAAGAUGGAGAACAACGUUAAUAACACACCGCCGGAACCCGUUGUUAAGCAGCAACCACCCACACCUCAGGCGAGCACGUUCCCCAACCGAAGGAUUAAGCAGGAGACUCGACCUACGACACCAGUGGACGGUAUUCCCGAGCCCAUGAUUCGAGACGACAUCGCAGCUGGUCCCCAUCCUGGAACGCCAUUCCCGAUCCCCAAUGAGCACGUCUGGCCCAUCGAUGCACCCAAGUUCGCCCCUGACCAGAUGAACACCUUUGCCGAUGCUUCGAUGACCUACAUCUUGCCGGGACAGGAGCUUCCCCAGCAACAAUGGGCAGACAUGAGCGGCAUCCAACAGUUCCCUCAACAGGAUGAGGUCAUGACCAAUGUCUACAUGACCCCUAACCACAACCAACCUCAGUCUGCUCGCCCUGCCACACCGAUCCCAUCAAAACGACCUGGUUCCUGGGGUAAGCGACUCAGCCUCGAGAACCUUCGCCCUAAGAAGAAGACCAGCGUAUACGGCAGCCCAGCAUCCAGCACCGACGCUGUACCCCCCGUGCCACAAAUGUACGCUGAGAUGAUUCCCACGUCCGUGCCGGCUGGUUACGAACUGCCCAUGCGGAUGGGCCACCCAUCACAAGGGUACACAUCAAACCCAAAUGGCUUCAUGCAGCAAGCACAGAUGCAGCAGCUCGGCUCACCGACGUCCUUUUACCUCGAUGAUGGGGACAUGAGACUAUAAGGCGUUUAUCAUAUCAUUGGAAGGAAAAGCAUUUAGCAUCAUGAUUUCAACAUUUUUGCUUCAACGUUUUAUAUCUGUACUAAUAUCUGCCCUUCAUGGGACAAGAGGAGGACAGGAACGUUAUGACGACGGGAUACCCAUCCUCUUGGAUCUCUGAGGAGACCAUCACUUGUAUCUUUCUUUUUGUCCAUGUUUUACUGUUUCGGAUACAUUACCAGCAUGUGGGACCGACACAUACACACCCCCUUUUCUUUAUAUGUCUUUUCUCUAGUCUGCAUUUCUUGUUUUUGAGAUACCACGGUGUUGAAGAAGGGAUGGAACGAGAGGAACGAGGCCAAGGCCUCUCUACGGGUCUUUCUUUUUUUUGCAGUACAUUUUGGCUUGUGUUUCUGUGUGAAUAUUGGCAUCUUUCGGGACAUCAUGCGAGGAGGAUAUACCGAGACGGGCAGAUACCCCUUUGUGCCAGUUGAGGAGACAUGUACGGGAAGGAAUUGAUACCUGGUAGAUAGGUGGUGACGAAGAGGUGGGAGGGAGAGCAUUAAUGCGAAUCUUUAUAAG